AUGAUUGACCGUGAUGGAAAUUUUAUUGAAGACAAAGAAGCUACAAAGACGACCAGGUGCUUAGUUCACAGCUCGAGCACGCAUAAUACGGCCGAUUGUAGAGUAUAUCAAGAGAUGGCGCCUGAAGGGAAAGUCCAGUUGUUAAAGGAAAAGCGAGCUUGCUGGUCAUGCCUCAAGAUUGGUCACCGCUCUAUUGACUGCAGACAACGCAAGAAAUGCAACAGUGAUGAUUGUUCAAAAUAUCACCAUGAUUCCUUACACGUAGCCCACGUUCAAGGGGUUGCAUUCCAUAUACCAUAUUUUUCCCGGCAAAAUUCUGAUGCAGAUCGAAAGGAAUCGGGAACUUGCUUGCUGCAGGUGAUGAAAAUAAAAUCAGCUGUCAAUACUGCUCCUUUAAAUGUGCUGUGGGACGGUGGUGCAACCAUUAGUCUGAUCACCUUUGCUAAAGCACGUGAGCUAAGUUUGGAUGGAGAGGAAAUUAGGCUGUCGGUUGUCAAAGUUGGCGGUGUCAAGGAAAAGAUGAGAUCAUCAGUAUACAAACUUCCCUUAAUCGAUGAAUCAGGUGAGACUGUCAACUUCCGCGUUUAUGGAAUUGAUCGGAUAUCCUCCUCUAUGGAGGGAAUUAACCUCAACGGCGUGAUGCAUCUGUUCCAAAACAUAAACAAGCAGGAGAUUCAGCGACCAAAUUGGGAAAUAGAUGUGUUGAUUGGUUAUGAAUAUGCAGGUUAUCAUCCUGAACGGGAGCAAUCUUCUGGGCAUUUACUUCUGUUGAAAAACCGAUUCGGUCGUUGUCUGGGUGGGUCUCACACCAGUAUGGCAGAGAACACGCUUAAGCUUAUCCAGCAUGCUACAGUUCACCAUGUUGCGAGGAUAAACAUUGAAAAAAUUUUCGAUACUGAAUCUCUAGGCAUUGAACGCUCCCCGAGAUGUGGAAGUUGUCGCUGUGGACGGUGCCCAAUUGGUGGGAAAAGCUUCACAUUGAAGGAGGAGCGGGAAUUAAAUUUGAUUGAGGAAGGAUUGACACAUGAAGGCGAUCAUUGGGUUGCGCGAUACCCUUGGAUUAGGAGCCCGGAUGAUCUGCCAAACAACAAAGAAGCAGCUUUGAGAAUGCUUGGGUCUACGGAAAAGAGGUUGCAGAAGAACAAACCGCUUCUGGAAACGUACAAGGAGCAGAUUCAGGAUAUGGUACAGCGAGGUGUUGCAAGGAAACUCACACAAGCAGAAAUUGAAAACUAUGACGGCCCAGUAUAUUACCUAAGCCACCACGAGGUACUUAAACCAGAAUCCACAUCCACGCCUUGUCGAAUAGUCUUCAAUUCGUCAGCGAAGUUUCAGGGACAUUCACUAAAUAACUACUGGGCUAAGGGACCAGAUCUUAUGAACAACCUGCUCGGCAUACUCGUGAGAUUUAGAGAAGGCCCAGUCGCAUUUGUCGGCGAUAUGCGGAAGAUGUACCACGCCAUAAAGAUAUCAGUUCUAGAUCAGCACACUCAUAGAUUUCUUUGGCGCGACGUGUCGCAGGAUAGUGGGACAGUACAUACGUCAUGA